AUGUCCACAUCAUCAUCACAAGAAUUUGAUAAACCAACUACUUCACAUGUUGAAGAGCACCCACAUAAAAAGCAUCAUUUUAUAACAAGAAUUCACAUUCAUGGCGAUAAAGAUGAGUUAGUCACUAUUGGUGGUCAAAGCUAUCACCGUCACGAGUUGAUGUCAGCAUUUGGUGGGUCCUUAGACACAGGAGCUAGACCGUACCCCAAAUUCAAUAUAAACCCAUCACCACUAGGACUAUGUGGGUUUGGUUUAAGCUGUUUUGUUCUCGGUUUAUAUAAUGCUCAAGCCAUGGGUAUAACCAUCCCCAACGUUGCGGUCACAUUGGCGUGCUUUUACGGUGCUGUUGCCCAAAUGUUGGCUGGAUUGCUUGAGUUCCCCACGGGUAACACAUUUGCUUUCACUGCAUUGACUUCAUAUGGUGGAUUCUGGCUUGGUUAUGCUUGUUUUUUCAUUGAACUGUUUGGCAUUCUUGCUGCUUAUGAGGGAACUGAUCAAUUUGGCAAUGCCGCUGGGUUGUUUUUGUUAGGAUGGGUGAUUUGGACCCUGAUUAUUGUCGUGUUGACGUUGAAAUCGACAUUGGCUACUUUCUUAAUGUUUUUGUUCUUGGACUUGACGUUUAUAUUGUUAGCUUGUGCUGAAAUGACGGGCAAAGUGGGAGUUGCUCGUGGGGGUGGGGUAAUUGGAGUUAUAACGGCAUUUUUUGCAUGGUAUAAUGGGUUUGCUGGUACUGCUACACGUUUGAACUCGUAUAUUGUUCCAGCUGAUUUACCAUUGCCUGAGAUAGAGUUCGGAAAGAAGAGAAAGUAG